AUGGCGGUUCCUCCGUCGGUCGCCGCCGCUCCGGCGUCUCUCUACGUCGGCGACCUCCAUCCCGACGUCACCGAUAGCCACCUCGUCGACGCAUUCUCCGAGUUCAAGAGCCUCACCUCUGUUCGCGUCUGCAAAGACUCCACCACCGGCAAAUCCCUCUGUUACGGCUAUGUCAACUUCGUUUCUCCUGACGACGCAAAUCGUGCAAUCGAGAUUAUGAAUCAUACGUUGCUGAAUGGAAAAAUGAUAAGGGUGAUGUGGUCGCGUCGCGAUCCUGAUGCGAGGAAGAGCACUAUAGGGAACUUGUUUGUUAAGAACAUACCUGAAUCGAUAGAUAAUGCUGGACUGCAAGAUAUAUUCAAAAAAUAUGGGAAUAUUUUGUCCAGCAAAGUUGUCACGUCUGAAGAUGGGAAGAGCAAAGGAUACGGCUUUGUUCAAUUUGAAUCUGAGGAAUCUUCACGUGUUGCUACCGAGAAGCUGAAUGGCUUUACUGUUCGUGAUAAGCAGUUAUAUGUCGGGAAGUUUGUCAAAAAAAGUGAGCGCAUCUUGCCAGGCGCGGAUGCUAGAUAUACAAACUUGUACAUGAAGAAUUUGGACUUGGAUAUUACAGAAGCAAAACUGAAGGAGAAAUUUUCCUCUUUUGGUAAAAUUAUUAGCUUGGCUAUUGCAAAAGACCUCAAUGGGAUGUCCAAGGGUUUUGGCUUUGUGAACUAUGAUAACCCAGAUGAUGCUAAAAGGGCAAUGGAAGAAAUGAAUGGAUCACAAUUAGGUUCUAAGAUUCUUUAUGUAGCCAGAGCACAAAAGAAGGCUGAGCGCGAGCAGAUCUUACACCACCAAUUUGAGGAGAAACGGCAGGAACAAAUCUUGAAAUACAAGGGAUCAAACGUUUAUGUGAAAAACAUUGAUGACAAUGUAAGUGACGAAGAACUGAGGGAUCAUUUUAGUGCAUGUGGAACUAUAACUUCUGCAAAAGUUAUGCAAGAUGACAAAGGGAUAAGUAAAGGGUUUGGCUUUGUCUGCUUCUCCACUGCUGAGGAGGCCAAUAUAGCCGUGAACACUUUUCAUGGAUUCAUGUUUCAUGGUAAACCACUAUAUGUUGCUCUUGCUCAGAGGAAAGAAGAUAGGAAAGCACAAUUGCAGCUUCAGUACACGCAUCAAAUAGCAGGACUAGCUGGACCUUCGACUGCCAUUAUCCCUGGUGGAUAUCCUCCUUAUUACUAUGCAGCUACUGGUGUUAUUUCACACGUGCCUCCUCGAGCUGGGGUGAUGUAUCAACAUGUUGCAUUGAGCCCGGGAUGGGGGGCUAAUGGCUUUCUACCCCCUGCUAGAUCAUUUCAACAGUCAUCAGUUCCUGCAGUUUCUAACAAUACUAGGCAGCAUAGGCAAAACAGGGGCAGGUUGAAUGGGCAUUCAGCAGCACAGGGAAAUACCAACUCUGGUACUCAUGUCCAACAAGCCCAGCAGACUUCUCAGUCAAUGAUCUCUUCUAGAGAGUCAAGUACUCAGCAGAGAACCGGACAGCCUAAGUACAUACCCAGUGGACGCCAGCGUGACAUAGAAAAAGCAUCUGGUUCCUCAUCCGCUGAUUCAAAUUCUGGUAGAGGGUCCCAUGGGCCAGAAAUGCUGCAUAGCUUGCUUGCUGGUGCUGAUCCGGAGCAGCAGAAAGAUAUACUCGGAGAGCAUCUUUACAUGCUUGUUCAGAAACUAAAGCCUAGCUUAGCGGCAAAAAUAACAGGGAUGCUUUUGGAGAUGGACAAUGGAGAAUUGCUGGUUCUCCUGGAAUCGCCAGAGUCUCUUUCUGCAAAGGUGGAAGAAGCUGUGCAAGUGCUUAAGAACUCGAAGACCAAAGUUUCUGGCCAGGACGUACUUCAUUCAAAUUACCUUUCAGCUGAAGUUGCAGUGAACUGA